GGUUUCGUUUAAGCGGGGCUUCCUCUACAGUCAGUCCUUUCUUCAUGGUGUCUCGGGUGUGCGCCUAAAUACUUUCUGGGUAAAAUACAGCAGAAGAGCGCAUGAAAGCGUACUUUGUUUAAAGAUGGUGCUUCUAAGAUUCUUGUCGACCGUCAUCUGCGCUGUGUUGAUCGCCACAGGAGCCGUUUCAGGUGAAGAUGUGAAGAAAGCAGUGGGUGAUCAAGUUUCUUUUCGUCCAGACAAAUUCAUUCCUCCUGUCACCAGCAUCAUCUGGAAACACAUAAACACUGGUAAUAUUGUUGUCAAGGCGAUUGAAUGGGAUGAAGGAGAAACUCUAAUCCCUAAUCCGAGAUUCCAAAACAUCACAAAAGUUGAUGAGAAGACUGGACAAAUCACUAUAAUUAAUCUAAAAGUUGAACAUAGUGGAGUUUAUACCAUUGACAUCAACAGUAAAGAGCAGCAACAGAGAUUCACCUUGACUGUUAUGGAGGGGGUCCCCAAACCUGAGAUUACAAUAGAGCCGACUGAAAACCCUGAUGUUGAGUAUUUGAGAUGCGAGUACAACGAAAAAAUCAUCUGGAAGAAUUCUACUGGACAUAUACUGCCAGGUUCACCAAUAUCUCCGAAAGGAGAGUCCAUCACAGUAAAAAAAAAUGGAGAUCCAAACAACUUCUACACCUGUACACUGAACAACACAGUGAGUGAGAAGACCAGUGAUCCGGUCUAUGAGAGAGAUCUGUUUAAAGGUGUAUCAGGUGGCGGACCUUGGUGGAUAGUGUUUAUUGUCAUCCCAAUCGCCAUGGUUGCCAGUGCCACUGGCCUGUAUAAAUUCAACGACAAGUUUCACAAGUUUGUUGAUGGCCUCCGUGGAAAAGAAUCAAAAAACCAUGCAAAUGGACCAAACAAUACAGACGAUUCAAAUAAUCCUGACAAACUUCUGCCUUCACCUAAGCAAAAUGAGAGUCCCAGUUCAGAUGCAGACAAUAAUACGACGCCAGCAUUGGACUCCGUUGCUGUGGACACGGAGGCAAAAUAACAAAAUGGCAGAAUGUGGAUGUUUCAUCGUAUCGGCUUGCAAAUUUUCUUUCACACGGACAAGCUUUGUUUUAAAAAAAAUGAGCAGUAAACUUUGUAUGAUUGAAAUUAGUUUGUUAAACAUGUCAAGUUUUAAAUUUUUCAUGUAUUCAUAAAUCAAUCCUCAGUGUAAAUGCUACAAUGUAUUCACACUGCAGGUUUUUUUUCCCCAAGUCUGAGCUUUUGAUUGGAUUGUCUGCACUGUUAUUUGGAAAUUAAUUGAGUUUGUGUGUUGUUUGUGUCAUUUUCACCAUUUCUGUGUUAUCUGCAUUUGUUGCUUUAGUGAGGAUAUAGUCUUGCUGUAGCAUUUUGACAAAUCCUUGAAAUAGAAGUGACUUCCAGAAGCAAGCUGAUGCGACCUUGUUGAUAUGUGCAGAUUUGUCCCUUUACACUGCUUUUGGUUGUGGUGGUAUCCCUUACCUACUUCAUUUUUGGACUUACAAGGACACUAGUUUCUACUGGCCAAUAAGGAAAGGUGUGAAUUUAAACUUGAGAGCAGCAGUCAGAGGGAUGUGGUAGGAGAUGAUUUUCCCCAUAACACCAUACCAUAUAUUAGAUAGCUAAUCAAAUUUGAAUUGGUUGUGUGGAAGAGAAAAAAAAAAACUGAUGUAGUCAAACUUGGCCAAAGAUCAACAUUGGUGAUAUAAAUUUUUUACAAUCUAAAUUAUAUUGAUUCUCACAACUUGCAUGAAAGUGUUUGUAACUAACAUGUAAAUAUGUCUGUAUUUAUGUAGUUUUUUUUUUUUUUUAGGAUGUUACAUAAUUAAACGCAGAGCCUAUUUACACUUACACCUCAUCUACAUUGGUCACAUCCAUUGAAGCAAGGCAUUGAGAUGGCUUGAGGCUGCCGUCACAGAUUUGGGCGCAUGAUUCAGAUCAGGGUCGUCCUUUAGGCCCCGAUAUACUCACUGCGAAGUUCGCGUUCAUUCUUCACUCAGGAGUAAAAAAGUUCGUAAUAUGUGAGUAACGGUUAAACCGUUUGCGAACAUCCUGACGCCGUCCACACUACUGAGAGCAACGUUGAGAUGAAUAUGUAAAUAUGCUGUGCACUUUCCUCUGAAUGACAAACAAAACAAAAAUGAGAAAACAGCAGUUAAGAAAGCAUCUGAUUAUUGCGAUGCACCAACUCUGCAAUUCAGCACUUUAAACAAUAAACAGCUUUACAGUAUUACACAUGAAAACUAGUGUCUACUGUUUAAAGUAGAAUUACAAGUUUAAUUUCUACUAUAAAGCGACUCUCCAUCGUGUUCAUGUUUUUACUCGCGGACAUCUGACCUCGAUGGACUGAACAGAAGAAAUGAACUGGAGAAGAUUUCCAUGUCAAAGAAGGUGGAGCAUCAGAGCCACACCUACCUAUUACAUCAUCGCCACAGACCAAUAGUAGUUCGAAGGUGUUUACUAGUCAGAGCAAACUUUUCCAGAAAGUCAGUUUUGGCAAGAUGAGUCAAACUCCUGAAACAAACUUUGCUUUGGCGUAAUUUUGUUUGAAAUGACGUCACGCUAGUUCGUUCUUCAAUUCCACUUGAAGUAUAUUGGGGCUUUUAGGUUAGUGCAACUCUGGCCCCAAGCUUUAGGAGGCCCUGCGGCGAUUGCUACUGGGAAGUCGAUUGAGAAUAGACUGAAUGACGAUGGGGGACCGCUUACUCUAACUCAAACUGGUCCCAACCUAAUGCUUGUGAUGGCCCUGGUCCAAAUCCAUUUGCAUCCAGUGUGUACAGUAUCAUUGAUUAUGAUGUUGUUUUUUGCUUUUGAUGUGACGCGUGUCCAGUGUAGACAAGGGUGUAUGUGUAAAAUAAAGGGUAGAUUCUAUUUACACUGAGUGUAAAUAGGUGUAUAUACUGUUCGUACCAAGUAUAAAUGGCAACAAAUAGCCCUUAGUGACAGCAAUGGUAGUCACAUAAAGUGAAGCAGUUGUAAUAUGCUUUUUGUACUGUUGGUAAAUUGAGUGGUGGUGGGUUAGUAAAAUAGGUUUUUGUGUUUGCACUCAGUGUAAAUAGAAAGUGCCAUAAUUAAAUAUAAAUGUGCUAAAAAAUGGCAGGAGAAACAGCUCUGAUACUGAGAAACAAUCAAAUCAAAAUUUGUGCUUAAAAAUGAUGGCAUACAAUGCAAAACCUUGAUGAUUGCUGUAUUGUUUUGAACGCAUUCUUUCUGAUUCUUACUAUUGAGCACUGAAUGCUAUUCAAAUUCACAUUCAUUUUGUUUUUUUGUUUGUUUGUUUUUUCAAUAAAGCCAUAUGUAUACUUUUUAAUUAUAGUAUUAGGAUUCAAAGGAAAACAGGAAAAUGUCAUUUUAGGUCAAGUUGUGGUAGCUUUUGCAAUUCUAGUAGUUGUAAUUGUAGUUUGUGCCUUGUUCAUUUUGGAAUUUUAAGAAGAUUCAAAAGCAUGACUCUAGAAUGAUGAUACAUUUUCCCAUUCAAGGCCCCUCUGCUUUUUUGAGCCAACUGGGGAACUCCCACAUUGCUUGGACUUUUAGCUUGGGGUGUGGUUUUGAUUCACUCAUAACUCACUCAUGAUAUCAUAGUUAUCUUUUUUGGUUUAAUAGAUUGUACAUGGUCACUGCUUAAGUAAACUUUAAGUAAACAACUUUUUGUAUCUGCUAUUUUAUUAACAGUAGUGUAAUAUAUUCUGCUUUUUCACUUUUGUUCAAAAUACAAAGUUUCUGCCUUCAUAUCAUGCAUCUUGUAUUUUUAAUGUUAGUUAGUUGGGGGAAUCUAAAAGGAUCUAAAAGUGCUCCAGUAACUGAUCAUAUUGACAUUGAGGAGGUCAAUUUGAUGGACAGUAAAGGGUGUGGAGGGUGUAGACUUCCUCUUUGUGGUUUGUAAGAUGCAUACAUUUAUUUUGUUUUGAUACACUGUAUUUAAUUGUAUAAAAAUUGCAUCCCUGAAUGGCAUGAAAUAUAUUUUGCUGUGUUUCUUUCUUCAAAAAAGGAACUGCGGACAAACACUAACCCAACAACUGUUGAUUAAGGGAUAAAAAAAAGAAUUAAGGAAGUUCUCAGAUCACCAUGCAACAGUGAUUUCCUGGAAACUGAUUCUGAUCUGUGUCCACUGAAUUCUGCAGUUUUGAGUUUUGAACAACUUAUAUUAAUAUAUAGUUAAUUUAUUUUACUCUAUUCUUUCAAUGUAUUUUAGGAAGAAGUAAAUUAACUUUUGCCAUUAUUUUAAAAUUAUUUUUUGCUUGUGUGAAUUACCAUUCAGCCUGGUCAUCUCAAUAUAUUAUAUAAUAUUCAAACAUUGCAAGUGGAUUUUGAGUGGGAAAAUGCCUGAUAAUGGGUCAGUUGUAACAACCAUUAAAUAACAUUGUGCAUUACGUUUGAAUAAAACUGCCAUUGAAUGGUGACAAAAUAAA